ACACACCAUCUUUUCCUUUUAAUAAACAACACUUCCUCAUCCUAUGUUCCUUCCUACCCCUUAACUCUCUCUCUUUCUCUCACUUCAUCAUUGUGCUCUAAUCACACUAGCACUAGCUCAGACAGUACUUGUACUCACAACAACCAUGGCUAAUGCUCCUCUUCUCCUUUUCCUCCUCUUCUUGUCUCUCUCAUCAGGAGGGAAUCUGAUCAUGGCUAAUGGACAGAAAACUUGGUGUGUGGCAAAGCCUUCAACAGACCAGGCUACCCUUUUGGCGAACCUCAAUUAUGCCUGCUCUCAAGUUGAUUGCAGGAUUCUGCAGAGAGGCUGCCCCUGCUCCUCCCCUGACAGCCUCAUGAACCAUGCCUCCAUAGCCAUGAACCUCUAUUACCAAUCUAGGGGAAGAAACCACUGGAAUUGUGAUUUCAGGGCCUCUGGCCUUAUUGUUGUCACUGAUCCAAGUUAUGGUAACUGCAUUUACGCACAGUAGACUAGUGGAGUAUAUAAAUUGAAGUAUAUGUGCUCCCAUGUAGGCAAAUUUUGGUGGUGAAUUUUAUGUGUUGCUGUAAUCUUGUGUUUAGUAAGGUUGCCAUUGACAACCAGUAAAUAUAUAUGUAUGCCGCAUUACAAGAAAUCAAAAUUUGCCCUUUCUUCUUA